CUGAGAUUCGUCAUAAAUUAAAUAAUAUAAAAAUGAAUCCAAUUUAUUAUGACGAAAAUAUAGCUCUGAGUAAACAAGAACGAGAUAUUGUUUCAAAUGUGCAAGAUAUUUCGAAUGAACAAUAUAUGAUUUCAAGUGGAAAAGAUAUGAUUUUGAGUAGUGUUGGUAACAGCAAUUAUACUGGAACUGGUACCUCAGCAGAAUCUACUGUGAGUUCUUUAAUGAAACAUAGUCCACGUCAAAUUUUAUCAAUGUCGCGGCAGUCGACUCAGCUACUAGAAAAUUCGAUACAACAACCUAAUGAAGAUGAUAAUGAAUUCACUAGUCUUAAACGAAGUGAUAACCAGCAGCAGAAUACUGGUGGACCUGCUCGAACAGUUUUAAAGCGCAGAGGCGUAAAGGCUGAAGAAUGGAUUGAGAGACCAACUGCAGAAGAUAUUUUUGAAGAUAUAGAGCAAUAUUUCCCAAAUCAUGAUGUUGAUAUGCCUAUUGUUGAUGCUUUAAAAGAAGGGAAACUUAGUAGAAGAUCCAUGACUAAACCAAACAUGGCGUCGAAACGAAACCUACCCGAAACUAGUUUCGGAAGGCUAUAA